CCCCGGAGUUUGACAAAAAUGUGGUAGACGUGUACGUGAAGGAGGAGGAGGUGACAGGGAAGGUGCUGUACACGCCCAAGGUCACUGACGUUGACUCAGAUGUGGGAAAAAAUCAGGUAUGAGUUAGUUGAGGACCCAGCAGGCUGGGUCACCAUAGAUAACAAGACAGGAGCGGUUACCACAGUGAAGAAGAUGGACCGGGAGUCACCUCACGUCAACAAAGACAACAUAUACACUAUCCUAAUCCAUGCCAUAGAUGACGGCAAACCUCCUGCCACAGCUACAGGCACCAUUCUGGUUCACCUGGGGGAUAUCAAUGAUAACAUACCCUCUUUGGUGGAGAAGGAGCUGGUCAUGUGUGGUAACAAAGUGAUUGUGCCAGUAGAAGACAAGGACAAACCUCCCUUUGGAUGCCCCUGUUCCUUCUCCCUGGGAGUGGACAAUGGAGACAAAACACUGAAGAGCCACUGGAAACUGGACCCUGCCAAUGGUAUGGAGGCGGGUCUGGUCAGUCUGAAGACCCUGCCGUACGGUAACUACACGGUGCCUCUGGUGAUCCUCGACCAGCAAAGCCAGGAGGCACAUCACAUUGUCCAGGUGAUAGUGUGUGACUGUGGGAAAGGAGACAAGUGUAGGGCCACUCUCCCCCGAAGCUCCAACCUGGGCCCUGCCGCUAUAGGACUACUGCUGGCUGGACUGCUGCUCCUCUUACUGCUACUGCUUUUCCUCCUGCUGUGUGAGUGUGGCGGUAAGACGUUCACACACCUCCCCCUCAACCUGCAAGAAGAGGGCAACCAGACUCUCAUCAAAUACAACGAGGAGUCAGGGGGCAGUGCAUGCAAGGGUGAGCCCAUGUUGAUCCUGACCCCCACCACUCCUAACAGGGAGGUGAUAGAUGGAAUGAAGCAGACCACCCCAGGCAUACCGUUUACUCAGAAGAAUAAUGAGAUGACCCAAGAGACCAAUGAGAUGUACAGAACCACAGGGAGGACCAUUGUCACCCAGAUGUCCUCGUCAGGAGAGGGAGGGUUCUCAGGAGGGGGAACAUUCCAGAGAAUGGGCGAGGCCAACGGAACUCUGAGAAGCCAGGGUGGGCGGGGCAUGUACCAGACUACAAGCAGGAACAAUACCAUGAGGAGUAACUCUUCGAGGUAUUCCCGUUCCUUCGGCUUGCUGUCAAACCAGCACAUCUCAGAGCACAUAGACCGGAAGCUGCAUAUGAUUGGAGACGAGGUGGACUACCAACCCUACGGGUAUGGCUACGAGGGGACAGGCAGCAAGUGCCAGUCACUGGACGAGCUGUCGCUAAACAAUCUAGAUGACAACCUGGAGUUCCUGGGGGACCUGGGGUCAAAGUUCAACACCUUGGGGGGCAUCUGUCGGCAGGACAUGCAGGAGAGGAACAUCAGGCUGUAGACACGCACACACAUGAACACAAACACAAACACACACAACUGGCUGGACUGGGACUGGAGAUGGUUCUAACGUAACUGCUCUACAACACUGAUAGGGUGAGAGCCAUCAGCUGGAGAAGAGGACACACCAAACAUCGUCCAUUGAGAUUCUGGAUCAUGCUUUGCGUCAUAUACGACAGAGGGGAAAAAAAUACCGACCAAAACCAAGCUGGAUUGGCUUUUACCCACACAAGGAGGGACUGGGAGAGACACUUUCGAUAUUUUGGAUGUCUGAAGACACAAUGAAUCACUGCACUGAAUAAACCACAUCAUGCUCGAAUGGAUUUAUGUUUUGACCGGGCCGGGGUGUGUUUGUAUGGUGAUUGUUUUGCAGUGGUGUAAAGUAAGUACUUGAGCAUAAAUACUUUAUAGUACUUUUUGACAACUUUUAUUUUUACUCCAAUACAUUACAAAAGAAAAUAACUCAUUACAUUUUGUACUCAUUACAUUUUGAAUGCUUGGCAGGACAGGAACAUUUUCCAAUUCACACAAUUGUCAAGAGAACAUCCCUGGUCAUCGAUAGGGUCUUUAAUCUGGCAACCUCACUAAACACAAAUGCUUUGUUUGUAAAUAAUGUCUGAGUGUUGGAGUGUACCCCUGGCUAUCCGUACAUUUUACUGGGUGACUUUCACGUUUACUUGAGUACUUUUUUAUUAAGGUAUCUUUACUUUUGCUCAAGUAUUACAAUUGGGUACUUUCCCACCACUGUUGUUUUGUUGUUUAAUGUGUUUUUUAUCAUCACGCUUCACAGUACUUUUCAGCAGCAGCUUAUCAUCUCUUGAUCUACGAGCUAAGCCAGAAUGGGAUAACUUCGAUGCCAACACUUGAAUGGAAACGUCAACAUCACCUCUGUGGGAGUUUUACUAUUGUGCGAAUGAUAAUUCAUAACCUCUCUGUUUAGGAUAAUGAUUUACACAUGUUGCUUUCAACUAAUUUCUUGACCUCGAUGGAGUAGAAUCCAACACGAUAUAUCUGGUAGUAUAGAAUUGGGACACAGCAGAUUCAGGAGAACAAUUGAUAGCUAUAUUGGAAUCAUCACCUAUCUGCAGAAAAGUGACAAUGCCUAACCAUGGCUAAUCUGAGAGCCUGGAACCAGUGUGUGCUCUGUCCUCACCAAACCUUUAAGAGCAAUCAAAGCUGUGCUGUUGUGUAUCCUAAACAUAACGUAAAGGUUCACUGUAUAAUACUAGACUUGGUUUCCUUCACUUUUGCGCACUGGUCUUUUUUUUCUUUUUGACUUGCUUCUCUUUUACUCCCUGCUAACGUCCACUAUGCCGCUUUUGUAUCAGUAGUCAAUAUAUCAAAAUGUUUUUGUUUAUAUUUCAAAUUUGAUUAAAGUAUGCGCGUCAUGGAAA